AUGGUCUCCGGAGAGCGUUGUUUGCUGGUGGACACAGAGUUGUCGACGAGUAACAUGAAGGAGAUGAUUGGAGGGUGUUGUGUUUGCUCAGACGAGAGAGGUUGGGCGGAAAACCCCCUGGUCUACUGCGACGGACACGGCUGUAACGUCGCCGUGCACCAAGCCUGCUAUGGCAUUGUACAGGUGCCCACCGGUCCGUGGUUCUGCAGAAAGUGUGAAUCUCAGGAGCGAGCUGCUCGUGUGAGAUGUGAACUGUGUCCCCACAAAGAUGGCGCCCUGAAGAGGACUGACAAUGGCGGCUGGGCCCACGUGGUGUGUGCCCUGUACAUACCUGAGGUGGAGUUUGCGAAUGUCUCAACUAUGGAGCCCAUCGUGCUACAGUCUGUGCCCCAUGAUCGUUAUAAUAAGACAUGCUAUAUCUGCGAGGACCAGGGCAGAGAGAGUAAAGCGGCCACUGGAGCGUGUAUGACAUGUAACAAACAUGGCUGCAGGCAGGCCUUCCAUGUCACAUGUGCCCAGUUUGCAGGGUUGCUGUGUGAGGAACAAGGGUCAGAUGCAGACAACGUCAAAUACUGUGGUUAUUGCAAAUACCACCACAGCAAAUUGCGAAGACGCAGGGGCCGCGGUAGUAGAUCUCAAAGCUUAAGUGACUCUUCCUCUCAGUGUAUGGAUAGACCCCCAGACCAGGAAAAGAAGAAACACAAAGAACGGGACAGACACAAACCCAAACAUAAGAAGACCUCCAUGGACAUGUCCCCCUCCCUUGUUCUUCCAAACAUCAUGAUCCCAGAGAAGACCUUCAAUAGCAGCAGUUCUGUAGGAGGCGUUAUCCCAGCAUCCUCGCAGAAGAGACUGGACGACGGUAGUGCCCGUUUUACCAAUGCCAACUUUCAGGAAGUGUCGUCCACCCACUCUAUCGGAAGUUCCAAGGAUUGCCUUGCCGCUGAUGCCGGCAAAGUCACGUCUGACAUGAAGAGCAAGAAGAACUCUGGUGGAAGUCACGGGAUAGGACAGAGGGGCGGCCGGAAGUCUCUCACCUCCUCAGGGAAAGCUCUACCCUCAACUGCGGUCACCAUGACAACCUCUUCCACGGCUGCCUCAGCAGGGCCUUUCCACCAAGGGCUGCUGUUGACGAGUGCCAGCAAGACGGCGUCCGCCCCUACGUCUUCUGAUUUCCUAAGCUUCGCCGACUCCUCCUUGCGAACGGGAGGCGUGACUUCCUUCUCGUCGCCGCCGUCUUUUAGCUGCCUCGUGAAGCCGAAUUCAGAAAGUGGCGCUUCGGAGGGAACGACCAAUCUUUUCGGGUCUCUUGCAGCGGGCGCUCCUGCAGUAGGCGGAAAGCUGUACGAGAAUUCCCACAGCCUGUCAGCCUGCGAGACGACAAGCCUCAGCGGCUCCGCCGCCUACAAACGGCAGCAGCCCUCCGGCACCGGACAGGGAAUCACUGGAGCGACCACAGGAGGAGGGGAGGACGGCGUGAAGAAGAAAAAGAAAGGCAACUGGCGCAACAGAUUUGGACCGUGCUUCACAACGGACGCCAAGCCACCGGAGUCGUCCCCCUCCCACACUCUACCCGCUACCUCCACGGCAAAUGCCUCCUCUUCUCCCGCGGCCCCCCCUCCGUCAUCGUCCUCGGUGCUCUCUGGCCGGUCCAGUUUAGCUUCCAGCGCUGGCUUAGGAAUGGGAGGAGGAGAGAGGGGACUUGGGGUUAUAGGUGUCGGCAGCGGGAUUCAGAAGUCCCCCUCACUUCUCAGGAAUGGGAGUCUGCAAACAAACAGCAGCCCAGGUGUUUUCUCCUGUGGCGACGGGUCGUCAUUAUCGGGGCCCGGAGCCAUCGCCAUGGGCGGCGUCACCUCUGACCAACCGCAGCCCACGCCUUCACUGGCCCCUCCUUCACCCUUCACCGCCACCGCACCCCUGACCAGCACGGCCGCCACACACGUAAGCGGCCUUCCAGGGUCGGUAUUCAACUUGGCCCCCUCACAUAUGUUUGGGAACCGUCUGAAUCCAAACUCCGCCAUGGCAGCGCUCAUCGCCCAGUCGGAGGCCUCGCCCGCAGAUCCGGAGGCCGGAGACAGCAGCGUCGGUGUGCAGGGUUUCUCGAUAAGGGCUUCUCCCAAGACCACGCCGCGCUCACCAAUUGGCGGCCUGCAGAUCCGCUACGACUCGUCAGGGUCGUUGCCAGGACCGGGGCUGGGGUUGCUAGGGGCCGGGGGAGGCGGCGAGACGCUGCCCCCGGUGGCCACCACCAUCGAGCAGCUCCUGGAGAGACAGUGGAACGAGGGACAGAGCUUCCUGCUGCAGCAGGGCGCGCAAGGAGAUGUGGUGGGCAUGCUGAAGUCUCUCCAUCAGCUGCAAGAGGAGAACAGGAGGCUGGAGGAGCAGAUUAAAACGCUCAGCAUGAAAAGAGAGCGACUGCAGCUUCUUAGCGCUCAGCUAUCAGUGCCUUUCACACCCACCUCAACCUCCUCCGAUAUAAAGGGAGGAAGCACUGACUCAUCUUUACCUGUGGCAGCUCAGGACAGCGUGUCAUGUGGUGGUCACAGCAGUAGUGGCUCCACCUCUUCCCUGUCGACACCCCCCUCUCUUUCCCAAAGUCCACCUCAGCCACAGCUGAACGGCGUCAUCGCCGCGGGGACCUCCCCAGCCGGGUUAGGCGGUAUGUCAGGACUGAUGGGCACCUUUGGAGCCGGCGGUACGCUCGGCAUGGGGGGUAUCGGCGGCGGUCUGAACGGAGUCAUCCAGACGCCGGCAGUGACCGGAAGCCCGCACGCGACGGGAGCCGUCACCUUACCCGUCAAUAACAGUGCUGUCCGGCUCAGCUUGGCAGACCAGCAGAGGCUCCUUCAGCAGCAUCAGCUCCAACAGAUGCUGACAUCACAGCCCUCAGCAGACCAGCUGCUGGCCACAUUUCCUUCAUCGCUGGCCGUCAAACCCUUCCAGGUGCUCUUCAGAGCCACUGUGUCCAUCAUCAACCUUCCCUACCCCCUCAUCCCUAGGGUUAGGCUGGUGGAGUAUUUGGGGGUGGGUUCCAACCAGCUGACGGAGGACCCCCGUGCGGCCUAA